AUGACAUCCCAAGCUCCUCCGCCGUCAGGUCUCCCGCCCUCGAUGGGCCCAGGCGCCCGUCCAGUACAACCUGGCGAACAUGCCGGUAGACCUAGCCGCCUGGCUGAAAUAAUAAAGGCACGGUCGACAUACACCGUCGCCGCGGAAUCAGAAGUGCUGCAACUGGGCUACGAGAUGAACGGCAAAUCACGGCUGUACCGGCUACCCUUCGAGUCUCUGCCGUUGGGCAGCUUUUCACGCUGGCUUCUAUAUGGUGGCCCGAAAAGGGCAAGGACGACAGGAUCCCAAGUGCUUGAUUCCUUCCGCACGAUGGAAGAGGAUCUUGGCAACCAGCCGAUCACUCAGAGAGAGGCGGAAGGCCUGACAUACUGGAUAUCAAAGGCUUGCCUUUACAGAGUGACGGGGGACGUCGUGGCGUGCUCCUUGGGAGGGAUUGUGGCCUACAGGAACCGGGAGAAGAUGAAGUUCCCUUUUAUAUCACCCAAGCCUCUGGAGAGAUACAACAGCUUUCCCAGCAGCUACCUUCCACUCGUCCAAGGGCGGUAUGCGCAAAUCCUGUGGCACAUCACCCGGGCCAACAUGUACGCGGGUUUGUUUAUCAUUGGAUUGUCGCCCAUCUUCCGGUAUGUGGGCAGCUUCGCAGCAACGAGCGGAAUCUAUCUCGACGACCGGACCCGGCGCCUUGUAGAAGCAGUUCAAAAUCGUGUUCAACGCUCCGCCGAUCGUGCCAGGCUACCUGGCGGCCCACCGAAUGGAGUCAACGCUCAGCGACAAAGUCCAGGAUCCCAAGCUCAAAGCGAUAAUCAAUACAGUGCCUCACCUCAGCAGGCUGAUGAUGGCAAUAGGGGUGCAGCCGCCACAUACGACUACGCGGAUGGCCCUCAGUACGAAGGUGGGCUUGCAGCCAACUCCGAUUGGAGAAGUCAAGAGUCCGGACAGUGGUCCAGUAGUCCUUCCUACGCAACACCCUCGGCACCGGAACAACCCGGCCAGCCUGGUGGCGACGACCUGUUUUUCGACGAUGAUGCAUCACCUACUGUUGGGAAUGGCACGGAUUUGUCUAGUGACAUGCCGUACAAUCGUGCAAGAGGAAGUGCCUGGGCACGUAUUCGCGCCGGUGAUAGGCCGACCAGCCCUCAAGCAGGAGGACCGCCUGCGUCUGAAUUGGGACAACAACCCGGGGCGAGCGAAGAAUUUCCUUCUAAGGGAGGGUGGCGGAGCAGAGAGACGCUGCAGAGAGUUCCAGGACAGCCAGUUGAGAAAAUGUCUCAGAGAGAAUUCGACGAGAUGCUUGAACGAGAGCGCCGGCUGAGCCUUAGCGAAGAGUACUCGAAAGGCAUGCGCGUCAUGGAGUCCGGUCAAGAUGACACUGCAAAGCCGAACUCGGGGACGAGCACGAGUGCUUGGGAGCGCCGAAGGAACUGGUAG